CGAGUUAAUCCGCCACCCGAGCUGCCCGCCAAGCCGUUUGGCCGCUUCGUCAUUUCACCCUUCGCUUUCUCGAGAUUAACGUCUUCGCGACCGCCUCCAGGUGCAACACCGUCCCCACAGAAGCGUACUCUGUCCGUCCCGACUGGCUUUACCUCUUGCAACCUCCGCACAUAGCGUACGAUCCCAGCGACCCCCGCCCACCCUUCCUCCACCGAUGCCUCCGCAAAUCAAGCAAGACCUCAAUAGGUCCGGCUGGGAAACGACAGACUUCCCGUCGGUCUGUGAGCGAUGUCUGCCGGAUAACCCAUACGUGCAGAUGCUAAAGGAGGACUAUGGAGCUGAAUGCAAGAUCUGCACACGACCGUUCACGAUAUUUCGCUGGAAAGCCGAUCGCACAGCUCGACAAAAGCGCACAAAUAUCUGUCUGACAUGUGCGCGCCUAAAGAACUGUUGUCAGUGCUGUAUGCUGGAUCUUUCGUUCGGCCUACCCAUCGUCGUGCGCGAUGCGGCGCUGAAGAUGGUGGCGCCGGGCCCGCAGAGCGACAUAAAUCGGCAAUAUUACGCUCAAGAGCACGAGAAAGAAAUCGAGGAGGGUAGAGGAGCAGUGGAGGCUUACGACAAGACGGACGAAAAGGCACGAGAGCUGUUGAAGCGGUUAGCGCAGAGCGAACCCUACUACAAGAAGCAGCGGCGGCUAGAGGCUGAGGGUGGGGGUGAGGGAGCACAGAAAGCGCUUCCUGCGCCAGAAGGAGGAGGCGGAGGUAGCUCAGCUGGGCAUGUGCCCGGCCCGAUAAGAACGAAGGAUACUCGGGGACCUAUCGGUGGUAGAGGUGCAAUGCGGGCAGGUCGAGGUGGACGCAUGCCUGGGGCACAAGCAGCACCUAACCCAGAAGACUGGCUUCCCCCGAGGGACCCCAACAUUGCCUCCCUUUUCGUCACCGGCGUCGAAGACGACUUGCCCGAACACGAGAUCCGGACGCACUUCGCACAGUACGGUCAACUUCGAUCGGUUGUCUGUUCACACCGCGCACAUUGUGCGUACAUCAACUAUGUGAAGAGGAAAGACGCAGAAACCGCGGCGGAGACGUUGAAAGGCAAAGCGGUCAUCAAAGGCUGCCCCAUGAAGGUCACUUGGGGAAGGCCGAAGCAGCUGGACAGCCUCGAUCAGAAUGUGCGGAUGAUGUACGCGAAGGAGGGCAGGCAAGCGGCUGGAGGCGCAAAGCGAGCUGCUGCCGCGCAGGCUGCGAUCGAAGCCGCUCCGGAGACGAACCUCGACAGUCUUGCCACCAUCGCACCGCCACCGGGAGCGGACGACGAAGUCAAUUAUGCCAGUUUGGCUGGGAACUAAGCUCGUAAAAUGGGUCUGGAAUUGGCGUUUUGGCUUGCAUGGCAUGGGUAUCACGGUUCAUUUGGGGUGGCCAAAAGUCAGGAUGAGCAGCAUUUAGUGCCUGCUAAUGUUUUCCC